CAGAAAAGGACCAGAAAACCCAUGAGGAGGAGAAAAGUGAAUCCUCCUCAGGUGGUAGAAGCUUACACAGAGCAAGGAGAGGUCUUUCUGGAGGGAACAAGACAAUCCCCAGGUGCACAGAAUGAGUCCAGUGCCAACAAGCUUCCUGGGCAGUGCCCUCCGGGGCACUUUCUUCUUCACCUUUGGCCUGUGGUGGUCGGUGCGGUACCCCCUGAAGUACCUCAGGAGGAAAGGUGACGCCGAGGGCCAGCCGGGCCAUGGGCGCACAGAGGUCUUCGAAGGCGCAGUCAAAGCUUUCUUUGCUCUAGUAGGGAUACUGGUGGAGCAGUUUGUCCCCACUGGUCCACACCUGCAGCUGUACAGCCCCAAGAUGCACAGCUGGACUGACCUCUCCCACUGGCACUACUCCACCAUCUACCUCUUCUUCCUCCUCUCUGGCAUCACAGAUGUGGUCUCACACUCCCCGCUCAAGCUGCCCCCUGGCUUGGACCGGCUCUCGCUGUCCCUGGCUCUGCUUGUGGAAGGUUUGCUCUUCUGUUUCCGUGACUACAGUAACGCUCAGCUGGACCAGCACCUCCACUCCCUGCUGGCCAUGGCUAUCUUUGCUGGAGCCCUCUGUGCGCUCCUAGAAGUGUUCCUCCGAGAUCAUAUCAUCCUGGAGAUCUUCAGGACCAGCUCCUUCCUCCUCCAGGGCUCUUGGCUUUGGCAGAUUGGGUUUGUGCUGUCCCCUCCAUGGGGAGGACCAGGCUGGGAUCAGAGUGAUUCCAGCAACCUCUUGUUCCUCACCAUGUGCUUCUGCUGGCAUUCCAUGGGUGCUCUCGCCGUUGUGACCGCCAAUGCUGCCGCAUCCCGCUGCUGCAAUGAGUCCUGCCAGCUGAAAUUUGGGGACAUUGAUGUGGAGUUGGACUGUGGCUUGUGCCUCCAUAGAGGGAAGAAGAUCUCCAGUGCUGCCUUGCUGCCAGAGAGCAGCUCAGAUGACAAAUGA